AGCUUAUAAAAUCCCACCUUCAAGUCCUUAAAAAAGCCGGCUUUAAUUCUCCAACAAAAAAUAAAAAUUAGAGAUACACAGAAGAAGGAGAAGAAGAAGAAGAUAGUUCUAAAUUAUUAUUAUUAUUAUUAAUUGGAUCCAAUGGGAAGAUCACCAUGUUGUGAGAAAGCACACACAAAUAAAGGAGCAUGGACUAAAGAAGAAGAUGAAAGGCUUAUUGCUUAUAUUAGAACUCACGGUGAAGGUUGCUGGAGAUCACUUCCUAAAGCUGCUGGACUUCUUCGUUGCGGUAAAAGUUGUCGUCUCAGGUGGAUUAAUUACCUCAGACCUGACCUUAAACGUGGUAACUUUACUGAAGAAGAAGAUGAACUCAUUAUCAAACUCCAUAGCCUUCUUGGUAACAAGUGGUCACUUAUAGCCGGAAGGUUACCGGGAAGAACAGAUAACGAGAUAAAGAAUUACUGGAAUACGCAUAUAAGAAGGAAGCUUUUGAGUCGGGGCAUUGAUCCAACAACACACAGGCCCAUUAACGAGCCCAGCACGACACAAAAGGUGACAACAAUUUCAUUUGCAGGUGGAGAUCAUAAAACAAAAGAUAUUGAAGAUCAAGAUUAUAAGAUGAUUAAUGUCAAAGCUGAAUCUGGCUUAAGUCAAGUAGAAGAUGAAAUUAAUAGCAGCCCAUUUCGAGAACAAUUUCCAGAUUUAAAUCUUGAGCUCAGAAUUAGCCCUCCUUCUCGACAAAAUUACCAACAGAGCCAUCAUGUUCAAGAUUUUAAACAAAGUCCCACAAGGUGUUUUGCAUGCAGUUUGGGUAUACAAAAUAGUAAAGAUUGCAAUUGUAGUAAAAAUAAUAAUAAUAAUAAUAAUAAUAAUAAUAAUAAUAAUAAUAUGGGUAAUAUUUCAAGUUAUAAUUUUUUAGGAUUAAGGGCUAAUGGCGUUUUGGACUACAGAACUUUGGAGACUAAGUAAAUUUUUAUUAAAAAUCUUUUUUGCUCCUUGUGUAUUUGUUUUUUUUUUUUUUUUUUUUAAAAAGGGAAUUGCGAAAGACGUAGCUAUUAGUUUUAAGUUCUUUCGAAUUUCUCUUAUAUGUAAAAUUGCAAGUAUUACUAUGAUAUUAAGUUGAAAUCAAUAUAAUAGUGUACCUUAUGAAAUUUAUUUG